UUUCAUACAGAAAUCCGUGAUAGGUGAACCUUUUCUAUAAAAUAUCUUCAGUAUUUCUAUGCUAUGAUGCUGAAUUAUUUUCUUGCCCUUUGCUUAAUUUCUUGGUAAAUCUGGUCUCUGAAGACAAAAAUGCUACUCAUUUUCAUAAUGAAUUUCCACUGUUGAAUUUCGGUUUAUGAACUUGGGAAAAUGUAUUGUACAUUCAGAUUGUAAUGAUUUGUAGGUUAAGUUUACCUUUUUUGUAUUUCUCCUUUUUUGUUUGUUUUUCUCGUGUCUUGACUUUUUCUGUUAAAUGUAUGUGCUUCGUACAUGAAUGUAGUUCUUGGUUGGAAAUACUCUACACGAAAAUGGAUUGGAAUCAUCUAACUUCCAAUACUAAAUGGAAAGUACCAAAGUCUUCAAGAUGGGAUGUUUUGGGAGCAAAGAUAAAUUGUCGAAAGAAGAUAUGGAUUUCUUGAAAUCACACACAAGAUAUGACGAAAGUACAAUAAAAGAAUGGUACAAAGGAUUCAAGCAAGACUGCCCUAACGGCCGCUUGACACCAGCAAAAUUCGUAGAUAUGUACAAGAUGUUCUUUCCGUCAGGAAAUGCCGAAGAAUUCUGUGAUCACGUUUUUAGAACAUUCGAUAUGGAUAAAAAUGGCUACAUUGAUUUCAAGGAAUUUUUGCUAGCGAUCGAUGUGACGUCGAGCGGUACACCGGAAGAAAAGCUAAAAUGGGCUUUUCGAAUGUAUGAUGUUGAUGGAAAUGGAGUAAUCGAUAUUCAGGAGAUGACGAAAAUUGUACAGGCAAUUUACGACAUGCUGGGCGCCUGUUCCUCAAAUCGACCUGCCGAUUCAGCCGAGGAAAGGGCGAAAAAUAUCUUCGCCAAAAUGGACGAGAACAACGACGGUCAAUUGACGCAAGAUGAAUUCUUAAAAGGCUGUUUACAGGACGAAGAAUUGUCGAAAAUGUUAGCGCCUUAAUAAGUUUAAUCGAAAAAUGAAUAACGCGGAGCUACGCGAUGCGUCUCCUGUUUAUUCCUUGUUGAUUCGUGAGAACUGUAAAUUCGAAACAGUGUCGCACGACAAACCAGUUCAUAAAAGCGGCAGUGACGUGCCAAUAGAUGCGACUAUUCACACGACAAUGCCGUCCUUUCCCGCAUUGAACACCUUAUAACUUGUGAUUUGGAUUAUGGCUCCAAAGGAUCGUGAAGCACAAUCAAAUUUACAAAAGCUUAUUCGUCUGUAUCAUUCCCAUUAUGAAAUGUUAAUAUUUAAAAUUAUAUAGAAUUAUGCCACUAA